CAGACUGAGUACAAUGACGAACUGUAUACUUGUUUGUACACAAAGUCGUCAAGGUUGUGUGUGUACAGAUUUGUACAACCUUUGCUUUCGACUUCUUUCGAAAGCAAAGUUAUUGUUCCCGUCCUCUUAUCAUCUUUUUUCUCUUUUUCUGUAACGAAAAAAAACCUUUUACAGUCACGACCCAGGACGAACGAUACGACUUUUUGCCCUUUUUUUUCCAGCAUGGAUCAUCAACAACCGCAGCAGCACCAGCUUGAUGAAAUCGCUAGCCAUAGCUUUACUUUCUAUUCCACAGACCAAGAACCGGCUUUCAAUGUGUCCUACAAUUCUGCUGCGAUGAGUCCAUACCAUGUUGUUGGACACGACGGCAGUCACACGCGCCAAUUGUCUGUCGAAGACUUACAGCAGCAGGGCUUACAGUAUCCAAACAUGAUGAUGCCUACUCAUCAAUAUCACGAUCCGUAUAACACAUCUCCGGUGCCUCAUGUUCCCAUUCCCCUUUCCCAUUCUCCUCCGCCUCCUUCGCCUGAGCUUUACGAUCCUCUUUCGCCUCCCGUCUCUGGUUCGGACACUUCUGCCGACGGCUUGUACAAUAGCAGCGGCAACAAUUCCCCUUCUUCGUCCCGUGCCAACAGUCUUGUCCACCGGCACACCCGCUAUAAUCCUACGCCUUCUCCCACCAGCUCGUCUGGCAGGCGGAGCCGCGGACGAUCCCAAGACUCCGACGAGGACGAGAUGGGUCCCUACCAAGAAAACCUUGCUCACUCUAGGAAAGAGGCCACCCGAAAACAAAGGAUAGAGGCGGAACAACGGCGCCGAGACGAACUCCGAGACGGUUAUGCCAAACUGAAGGACGUCCUUCCUGUGUCCAACCAGAAAAGUAGUAAGGUAUCGCUACUAGAACGAGCGACCAACCACAUCAUUCAUCUCGAAGCUGUGAACCGUGAACUGCAGACUCGACUCGCGGCAUUGGAGUCGGAGAUGCAUAGGCUUCGUAAUCUCAACGAGAAAAUCUCGCUCACGUCAAACACACCCUCUCCUGGGAUGUUUUCGGAAGCACGGCCACUCUCACCUCCGCCAGAUAUGCCUCCUCAAACAAUCAUUCCCAGCCGUGUACAUCAUGUUCAGUCGGACAACUCGGGUCAUUCUAGUCCAUCGAUGUCGGAUGGUGGCUAUCAAUGAGAUGAAAAAAUUGUUUUUGCUUGCUCUUCACAACAAAAGGACUGCUUUUAAUCAUCUUCUAUCACGCAUUCUUUCCAUCUUUUUUCUCGCAAUUCCUCUUUGUUCUCUUCGUCUGCAGUUCAGCUUUUGGUCGCAUAGAUUAUCAAUUCCACGGGGUCAGGCUCAGUCGAGCGAGUGAGGACGCUGGGUCGUAUAGUGCUGUGCGCUCUGGCUAUUACUUUCCUGCGAACCCUCGCAAACAUCAAUUCUCCAACUUGACGUUGAGGGGUUCUUGUCCGACUGCAGCGUGUUGAUGCUAUCGUACUGCCAUCUCGUCGAUCGAUAUCACUCGAAAUAAAUUCCUGG